AUGCAGUUUCCCUCCCCGGGGCCCAGGGACUUCUCCAACGGCUUCCUGGUCGCGGAGAUUUUCACCAUAUAUUACCCCUGGGACCUCAAGCUGUCAUCCUUUGAGAACGGAACUUCCUUAAAGGUCAAGCUGGAUAACUGGGCCCAGCUGGAAAAGUUCCUGGCCAAAAAGAAAAUUAGACUGCCUAAAGAACUAAUCUAUGGAACAAUUCAUUGCAAGGCCGGAGUGCCCGAAAUACUGAUACAGGAGAUUUACACCCUGCUCACACAUCGAGAAGUUAAGUGUGUCCGGGAUGACCUUGUGAAUUUCACGGACUACAGCUACCAGAUGCAGCUGCCCCUGCUGCCCAGGUCCACGGCCUCCAAGUUCAUCAAAGACAACAUCAGGUCAUCGGAACUAAUGAGCAACCCCAGCAUGCUCAGCAACGAGCUCAAAGUCGACUUCCUCCUCCUCUUACAAAUGUUGCAGAGAAAACUAAGCCGGAAGUUGAAUCCAAGCUGGUUCAACGUCAAACCGACCGUGGGAGAAGUUACUCUCGACCACCUCUCUGCCCAGGCCUCUCGGCACAAACCUAAGUCAGUGAUUUCAAAGCAAAAGGUCCUUCCUGUUUUACCAAAUAUAGGCAACAUCUGCAAUUCAGUUAAAACAAUCUAUGUGAAGCAACCUAGAAGCCCUUCCUCUGAAUCUGAGCUGGAGCCUGUCACCAAUCAGGAAAAGGAAUUGUAA